CUCCUAUAUCGCCGUAGUUUGGAGUCCGGAAGCAUCAUGUCCAUCGGAAAGCUAAAAAGUCUGUGCCACAAACAAAUUGGAAUGCAUACAAAUUACCAUUCCUAGUCUUGGAAGUGUGAGGCCUGAGCCUCUGUCUGCGUUUCUACUCAACAAUGUCUGGCCAAGAGGAAUCGGACAAGGGGGUGGACAUGUGGUCCUCACUUCGCUGUCUGGGCUAUCUGUCUAGCUUCAAUCUUCUGGUCGCUGUGUGCUUUGGAAUGUAUGUACGAUGGGAGCAAACUGCAGCGCCUAUGAUUCUGGUCAUCUUCAUCCUGGGUUUAUUUGUUUCGGCCAUAGCGUGCAUCCUUUACUAUUACUUCUCAAUGGAGUCAGCCAGUCUAAGUCUCUUACACUUGUGGUUCGGCUUCCUCCAAGGUCUUCUGUGCUUACUAAAUGGCCCAUCUUUGGAGAAGGACAUAAAGGAGCAAGUCACAAACUACCUGUUGCUUGCUAGCCUGGCCGUUCGGAUGCUCUGGGCUCUGACUGAACGUCUAUGCGGCAAUGCUAAGAAUAAACCGGUUGUCCUCACCUCAUCCGAGCUUCUGGAGCUCCUGGGAUUUGGCGUUGCAAGUGUCAGCUUGGUUCUUCACAAAUCCAUGGCCAUGAUUGCCCUGGUGUUUGCCCUUGCAGCUAUCAUCGUUAACCUUCGAAUGAAGUCACCAAUGGCGCUCCCAAAUCUCACCUGCUUUGCUGUGAUCACCGCUGUCACCUUCUUCCAGUCCCUGGAGAUCCAGACCAACCCCUUCGCCCUGAGCUGCUUCCUUGGUCGCCUUAUCUGCGAGCCCCUUCUAGACGUCUACUUUAGUGGCCUGUCGGCAACAGAACGCUGGAAGAAGUUUCUCUUGACUGGACGCCUAUGGAGAGUUUCUUUAUUCCUUUUGAGUUUCGUCCAGGUGGCAUUCUUUGUACUGUGCGCCCUGAAGCUGGGUGACCUGAACGUCUGGUACCUGGUCAUCCCUGGCUUCUGUGUCUUUGGCCUGUUCUGGAUCUUGUGCCAUGUGGUGUUCCUGGUGACACUUUGGGGCUUCCACACCAAGUUAGGAGAGUGUCAGAAGACAUGGGCAGCCAAGCCCUCAGAAAUGCUUAGUUUGGACCGAAUCAUGGCCUCUAGAGGCAUGCGUCAUUUUUGCCUCAUCUCUGAACGGCUGGUACUCUUCUGCCUGAUGUCCACCAUCAUACUGGGGGCUGUUUCAUGGCAGGUCACUAAUGGACUCUUCAUGAGUCUGUUUUUAGUGGUGCUGCCACUGGAGUCUCUGGCCCAUGGACUCUUCCAUGAACUGGGCAACUGCUUGGGAGGCACCUGUGUAGGGUAUGCGGUGGUAAUUCCCACCUGUUACAGCAGUGCGGAUGGCCAGCCAGUGAUGCUGCCUCCGGGGCAAGCCCAUGAUCUGCAUUCCAUGGCCACCCUGAAUGCAGUGCAGCGACUCUUCUCCCACCACCUGAUCCAGACUUUUGGAUGUGACUACUCCACUAACCUGAGCCUGGACACCCUGCAGACCAAACUGCGCUCCUUUCUGGAGCUCUGUACAGCUGAAGGCCCACGGCAUGACACCUACAUCCUCUACUUCAGCGGACAUACGCUUCUCAAUGGCGACUGGGUCCUGGCAGGCGGUGAAUGCUUGCGUCUUCAGCAGAUUCUUGACAUGUGGCGGGAACGGAAUGCCGGCUUCUCCUCGCGCAUCAUCCUGGUUCUCGACAUUGAGAAUGCAGUGCCAUGGGUGAAGGCUGUGCGGAAGGUGGAAGGGAUGUAUGUGGCAGUUCAGGGAGCCAAGGUGAGCCCUGCCUGUGACACGGAGAGCCAGGAGGCCCCACGCCUGGGAGACUUUACCACUGAGUGGGUGGAAUACAACUGCAAUCCUGACAGCGAAGUGCAGUGGUCUGAAAAAGGUCGGGUAGCCACUGCAAUAUAUGGCGUAUCCAAACCUUGGAGCGACUACGCCCUCCACCUGCCCACCGGGAGCGAUGUUGCCAAGCAUUGGAAAACACACUUCCCCAAGGCUACUUACCCAUUGGUGGCUGUGGCCAACUGGUGCUGUGGGCUCAACCUGCUGUGGCUGUGUAGCGUGUGUUUCCGUUGUGUUCGGAGACUGAAACUCUCUUGGUUUCCUCCUAAUGUACUAGACACCGGACAGGGAAUUAAACUAGUACGAUCAUAGUCGGCGAAUUACUUUAUUUUUACAUGAUGUACUAUAUUUUGCCUUAUAUCAUUUCUACGCCAUUUUCUUGGGAUAUCCAUUAUUGGUUUACGUGCUUUUGGUACAUAUGGACAGUAAAAUGUCAUUCUGUUAAACUGUGUGCCGUGUAAUCACAAUAUAGCCUCUGUCUUGACUAAAUUGCUCAGUAUUGAGACUGUAAGUGCCUUGGGUUGCCUUUAAAAGAAAGCUGUUAAUUAAUUGCAUUUUAAGUGCUUUUGUUUUGGGUUUGGUUUGGUACGGUACAUUUGGGUUGAUGUAUUAAGCCGUUUGCCAAGUCAACAUUUGUACCAUAGACAGUUUUGACAAAGGGGAGAUCAGCUUCGGAUGAACCCUGUUCCUCCCCUAAAAAGCCACAAGGGUGUUUACAUGAGCCAAUACAUGCAAGCAUUUUUGUAAACUACCAUAUAUACCUUAAGAGAUGCCUCAUCAACAGAACAGUCAAUCUUUAAUAAAGAAUGUAUUUAAAAUAAGUGGCUUUUAGUUGCUACAGGUAUGUAGGUGUUGCACAGUGUGUUUAUACUGAAUAUCUGCUCUGUAUAAUAAUGUUUGAGGUUGUGACCGCAUUGACAAUGUUUUGGUAAUAAUUCAGAAAAUAAUUAUUAGAAACUGAAACCAUAUCAGUGCUGGUAACAGCAAUAAGCAAUGCUAAAUCCAACAAUUAUUGGUCAUAUUAAAAACUUUUAUACAGUGCCAUUCAAAUGCUUAUAUUUUUCUUUGUUCUUAUUUUUUUCCCCAUUACAAAUUAUGAAAAAUUAGUUAGCAUAAUUUGAGUGAGAAGUUUCCUUGAAAAAUAAAGACAUUUUAGGAUUUAUUAAUAUUUUGUUUGAUUUUACAUGAUUUAUAUAUAUAAUUACAAAUUAGAGUGUUAAUAAUUUGAGUGAAAAUUUGUAUUGGAAAAUGAACAUGAAUCUCAGAAUUGAGUAGUAUUUGGUAUGUCUCUCUUUAGCUUUAAUGAUAGCAUGCACUCGAGCUAAUGUGGACCAAAAAAUUGUGCAAAACCUGAUGAUCCAUGCUAUCCAAUGUGAUUUGAGAACAUUUCAAAGGACAUCUUGUGUGCUUCAAUGGAAGCAAGGAAAUCUGACCUUUUCUACAAAUGAGGUAACAUGAGGACUAAGUGCAAAAUCUUAAAUGUAUUAUUUCUUUGUUGGAAAUGUUUCAAAACACAAAGUCAAUUUCACGUUUAAAUUCGAUUUUAAGUCACAGAUUUUCAAUGUGAUCUGUUUAAUGGCAUUGUACCUUUCUGUUAUGUCAUAACAGGGCCGCUGAUAUCAUGGAAAUGGCCAUGUGUGUUCAUUCUUGUCCUUUUUAGAAUGUGACCCCCAAUCUCACCACGGUUGCACACGUCUCCCAGGCAACAUUUUAGAGUCGCUUUCAUGCAUUUUAUUAGUUCAGCACAGCAGGUGGGACAACUACGGCUACAUCAAGGCUCUUUUUUUUUUAGAGUCCUCUUGGAAGAAAAAACUGCUAGUCUCUUAAAGGUAUGGAGAACAUUUAUGUCAGUUUUAAUUGCCUCCUCUCAAGAUCCCAGUUCUAGAAAACUGACAUUGCAGAGGGCAUCUAUGUAAAUCGGAAUUUAUUUUUGCCCGAGCUGGAGCACUUGUAUUAAAAUUAAUAAAACAUAUGGGAAAGCCCAAUAUGGCGGAUUAGGAAUAGGAAGUCCCUCCUCACAGGUAAAAGCGCCAAUGAUCUUUUAGAUACAGACAUAACCUGUCAGUGAACUCGGGAAUGUGCAUGCACAUUAGUUGGAACAGCCUUUUAAGCGUUUACAUUUUUAUUGCAUCGAGAUCAGAGCUAAAGAAGCACAAUUUAUGAAGCCAAUCGUUGUCAGAUUUGACUGCUGAUUUGACAUAUGUUAUUUGAUAACAAGGCCUUAACCAUGUCUUGAACAUUGGGGGGACAAAACCAUUUUGUGGGUGGGGGUCAUGUGUGUUGAGGUCACAAAUAUAAUGUUCGUCUUUGGUCCUUUAAUAUAGUAAAGGUGCUGAAUGCUUUCUUUUUUUUUUUUAAUAAAGGCUUGACAUGUG